CGGAAUGUUUUGCCUGGCCAGGAAACCCAAUUGGAAAUGGCACAUUUUGUGCAGUUAUAAACAAUUCCACCAGAGUCUCUAUAAAUAAAACUCAGCAUCCAUAGCUCCGGCUUCAUUGCGCAGCAUGGCUUUAGAUUGUGCUAAAGGCUAUGACAUGAUGGAGCACACCACCGCCAAACACAAAAACAUUGCCAGUGACACCAAAGAGAAUAUUGGGGAUGCCAAAGUAAACAAUGAUGCCAAAGAGAAUGGAGAAGGAAAUGCCAGUGAGGGCAAAGUGACCAGUGGCACCAAAGAAAAUCCCAGUGAUGCCAAGGAGAGUACCGACAGAACUCCCAGUGAUACCACUGAGAACGCUGCUUCCCAUUGCGAUGCCAAAGAAAAGACCAGCAAAAGAGAUAAGAAGUGGAGGACCCAACAAAGAGACGUUAACCAAAGGAAAAAGCAGAUACGGAAGUCUGAAGGAGGGAGGAGAUGGCCACUCGCCCAGCUCCAGCUCCAGUAGCAGCUCUUCCGACAGUGAAGGUGAAAGAAAGCUCAGAUGUGGAGAGAGAAAGAAAAAAGUGAAGCAAGUUAAAGGGACCGAGGGAGAGCGCGACAAAGGGGAAUGCAAACACUAACAGCAGCGAAGAACCUGGAGGAAAUGUUUAAAAAUGAUUUAGCUAUUUUUCUCUUGGCACCUUUAUAUUUUAGAUUAAUCUUUGCCCGCUUGGUUCGAGGUCCUCUACUUCUGUUCACUGUCCUUGACCAGCCUGAGGAGAACUGUUCAGAAUGUACACAGAGUCAUUCAGGAACUUGCACAUCAGUUCAUUCUAGAAUUAUGAGCAGAUGAGUUAGGGGCUCAGAGUAGGCCAUUCAGCCUCUCGUGCAUGCUAUGCUGUUUGAUGAGAUCAAGGCUGAUAGUGGCCUCACAUCCAUUUUUCUACCUGGCCCAGUACCAGUUCUCUCCUUCAUUAGGGAGAAUCUCUACCUCUGGGCUCGAAACGAUAAAUGGCACUGCCUCCAUCACACUCUGGGGAAGAGAGUUCCACAUUCUCUUCAUCCACUGAGGGAAAAUAAUCUCUUCAAUCCUCCUUUGAAAGGAAGACCUCUUAUUGUUUAAGCAGUGUCUCCUGUUUAAGGCCUUUCUGACCAGAUCCUCUCACUCUAUUCUGGAGCUUAAUUCAUUGACCUGCAGCUGCCUGGGCCCUAAACCCAGGAACUCUCUCCCCAAACCCCUUUCAUUUAUUUCUUUUAAAUGCUUCCAUGACCAGGUUUCCCCAAUAUCCUAUUGCAGAAUUUGUUUGUUUAAGAACACUCCUGUGAAGUGAAAUGACUUUUUUCAUUGUAAGCAGAGGUACAUUUAUAUUGUAAGUUGCCAUUGUAAGUCUUGAGACAGAAUGCUGUUUUAUUAA